AUGAAUCUCAACCUUUCAGCAUCGCUAAACAUUUUCAAACUGGUUGCAAAUCCUGCACUGUGCCUGCCUCACACAACAGUUAAUACCUUCAAUGACUUGCCAUUGCCUCUAGGCAAAGCAUUCAAAGGCGGCAAAGAUGGGGCCGAGGUUGACAUAAAGGCUGUUGUUCUGGAUAAGGAUGACUGCUUUGCAUACCCAGAAACAAACGUCAUACACGAGCCUUACAAGGACCGAUUCGCAGCCCUCAAGGCAGCAUAUCCUGGCCGCCGGCUUCUCAUCGUCUCCAACACAGCGGGCGCGCUGAGCCAUGACCCAAAGAGGAAGCUAGCCCAGGAGCUCGAGGAAACUACCGGGGUCGUGGUUCUCUCGCACAAGACCAAGAAGCCCGGCUGCGGCAGCGAGAUCAUGGAGUACUUCCGCGCCCAUCCGGAUACGGGCGUUACCUCACCCGCCCAGAUCGCCGUUGUCGGCGAUCGCCUCUCGACCGACAUGAUGCUGGCCAACAUGAUGGGCAGCUGGGGUGUAUGGGUCAAGGAUGGGGUGGCACCUAUGCAGAAGAAGAGCAUUUUUUCCCGGCUCGAGCAUCGCUUGAUGCCAUUUCUUCUCAAAAGGGGUUACUCGGCCCCACAACCACAAAGUCCUUUCGAAUGA